AUGGCCCUGUUCACUGUGUCUUCACGCUUCGCGAACCCCGGCUUCAUACCGUGGUCACCAGAAGACUUUGCUAACCGAGCUCAAAGUCUCUCAAGCGACUCGGAACUGAGCGUGGAUGAACUGAAAGCAUCUUUCCUCCUGUGCCUUCACGCCAUGUCUGACUCCUUGACGUGGGCAACUGUCACCGAAACCACCAAGAUCACCAGGAUGGCUGAUUUGUACUACACGAUGUGCCUCGGAGGACAGCGCAACGUGUCCGGCAGGGCCUUUGAUCUCAAUAGCGAGAAGGACGCCGGCGGUGGGGAUGGACUGGCAGAAAGACGACGGGACGAGGCGGGGGACUUGGAUGCUGAGAUGGAGGAGUGGAACAGGGUAUGGUGGUGCAUCUACCGCCUUGAUUCCUGCUGCUGUGCCAUCACCCUUCAAAGUGCAUCACCAAACGCGAUAUCGAAUCGCCUCGAAGAGAAGAUCAAGCUCACUUCUGAAUCACCCACCGAGUUCCUGAUACAGCCGCCUCUUGACUCUGAACAGAAUCAGAACCUGUCGCAGCACGAGUCUCUGAGCAGACCAACGCAUCCGAAACACUGGCGGACGAUGAAAGCCAUCUUCUCACAGCCGGCAUGUACGAAUCAGAGCCUCUACCUCGGCGUAUGCACCUUUGUGAGAUCCGUCACAGAACUCAGGUCCCUAGUCAAGUCCGGCCGCACCAAAGGCCUUGAGAACCGCCUGCGAGAGCUCGAGAACGACAGCGCCGCCACGGCGUUUGCGUUGCCUUCGUGGUACUUUCAGCCCGUGAGGAACCUGAGCGUCGGCGAGACGGGAGAAGACCACGCGUCUCGGUUGAAGAACCUGCUUGUCUGGUCCUGCUCCGACUUGCUGCUCGCUAUCUGUGCCGUGGAGAUGAGCGGCUCGUCGACCGCGGCUGCUCCCGAUCUCACAGCACACUGGCACUCGAUCUUGGACAAGGCGAACGAUGCGGCCGAAGUCGUUGGGAAAUGGAAGCCCGCCUACCUUGACGUCGUUGAUCCGCUUUGCUCCUACAUUAUUCUUUUGGUUGGCGCAAUCUUCUCUUUGCAGAGGGCGCUCUCGUCUGAGAUGUCCCUUUACUCCUCACAGCUUGAUCUGCUGGAGCUGUUUAUGGAGCAGAUAGGGAGCCGUUGGCCCAUUGGUGAGUAUCGCUCCUACCAGACCCUUUCAUAG